GAAAUCAAUACAUGUCCUACAAUACAUGUCAGAAAAACAACACUCUCUUUCGUAACUGAUGGAUACCCAUCCGCCGAAUUCACGGCGUCUCCGACGUCGAUCCAAUCCAUCGCCGUCAGUAAUCCUCCCCGACGAGCUUAUCACCGAAAUAUUAUCAUGGCUUCCAGUGAAAUCUCUGAUGCAGAUGAAAUGUGUAAGUAUUUCUUGGAACACUCUAAUCUCCAAUCCUAAAUUCGUCAAAAUUCAUCUUUAUCGAUCCACACGAAACCCUUACUUCUCGUCACUAGUCUUUACGCCGCAGCUCGAUGAUUACAGUUUCACACACUUCCCCGUUAGUAGUUUACUUCAAAACCUUCGGAUCACGAUUCCUAGGAAUUAUUACUACCGUUUGACUAACAAGGAUUGUAGCAAAAUUGUUGGUUCAUGCAAUGGAUUGAUUUGUUUGCUCGGUUAUUCUUAUAACGCGAUUAUUAGUAUUAAUAAUAAAAAUGUUUGGUUCCGUUUCUGGAACCCCGCUACCAGGAGAAUAUCUGAUAAAUUAGGGUCCAUGUCUUGUUCGAGAGAUUGUAUUUUCGUAUUUUGUUAUGAUAAUUCAAUCGACAUUUAUAAGUUGGUGGAAUUAGGUUGGAGUGGCAACAAUGAUCCUCAAACGAAAACCAAGGUGAGAGUCUUUAGUUUGGAAGAUAAUGUUUGGAGAACUAUUCAAAGUUUUCCGGUAGUUCCUCUUCAAUUGCUUAAUUCCACGGGGUUUGAUAGUGUACAUUUGAAUUGCACUGUUAAUUGGUUGGCCAAUCAAAGUGACCGUUGGAAUGACAGUACUAGAGAAUGUGUGAUUCUUUCCUUUGAUCUUGGUAGAGAGAAAUACACACAGUUUAUGCCCCCUAAAGGUUUUGAUAGUUUUGGACUUCCGAGUAUUUGUGCAUUGAAAGACUCCUUGUCUUUGUAUCAUAAUUUCAAGAAUACUGAUUUAGUUAUAUGGAAGAUGAUAGAAUUUGGAGAUGAAAAUUCUUGGACUCAAUUCCACAAAGUUAGCUAUCACAAUAUUCCAAAGAAUUACAAACAGGGUGGUAGCCUGCUUAUAAGAUUAAUACCGUUGCAUCUUUCUGAGAACGGUGAAACAAUGGUAUUGGCGGACAUGAUUCAAAACCGAGUGAUUCUCUAUAACCUGAGAACAAACAGAGCAAAGAAAACUAGGAUUAACAGAAAGAUAUGUUGGUCCUCAAUGAAAGAUUAUGUCGAAAGCUUGGUUUCAACUUCUUGAAAAUACAUUUUGAUGAUGAGUAUGGUGAUAAAUCAAUGCAUGAUGUUUGUCUAGUUCAACAAGAAAUUUUUGAUAUUCAGACGAUGAACUUGAACUGAAUGAACAUGGUUAAAUUGCUUGAUUUUUCUUUAAGAGGAUACGCCCAAGUGAACCAUGUGCAUGCAUCGUCACAAGCCAAAGAUUGGAAUAUCUGCAAGAAAGUUCAAGUGGGACUGGGUCACCAUAAACCACAAAAGACCAUUUCUAAUUGAUACUGAUAUUCAGUAAUUGAUGAUGUCGAGGUGGGUGAUGCACCUUACUCUAACAUCAAGCCAAGCAAAAUUCAGAAAUACUUUUAGUUGGCAAAGGCAUGUUACAAAGUUUGAGAAUGUCUUUUGACCUUUCAUGAUAUUUCAUGAUAAAGGGUAACCAAGCCUGCAAAUCCAUGAUGAUACAAAGGAAGGAAUUGAACUGAGCAGAAUUGGAGUCUGUAAGACAGAGAGCAAAUGGUCCUGAAGGAUCGGCGUUAGCAUGGAAAAAAACAGUAUUGUGAAAUUCAAGAUAAACCAAAUUGUACCUAACAAAUCGACUCACGCUAACUAAAUAAAUAUUGAAUUUCUUCUUGGUCCGACAGUGAUUACACCAAAUGUUUUUGGAAGUGAGACUUAUUUUAUUUCUAUACCUAGUAAUGAUAUACUGCUAUUAAAUUUUAUUUAUAUACCCUUGUGUCAGCUGCGGUUUAGACUAUUAUUAUUGCAUUGUCGCAGAUAGAAACUAAUUUCUUUAUUUUUAAUUUCACUAUUGAGAAAUAGGCAUUUGCUUUCUUGUGGCUUUGUUCUUAUGAUGUGUUCUGUUUUU